UUUUGUGUUAGAGAUGAGUUUUGCUGAACUAAAACACAAAACCGAAUGAAAGCAUUCCGAUGUCUUAAAAUGCAUUCGUGUGCAUAUGCCUAUUGACGUUCAACCAAUCUAACCGUUUUAAUUUUUACGCCAGUGAACAACUCUCGGAUGCAAUUGGUUGUUUUUCUCAUCUUGUUCAUCGCUUCGCACUCUUCAUGCACACCACAUGUGAAGAAGAAAAAACCCAACAACACCACACAUAUAGACCAGAGAAUUGUUGCCAUGGAUGAAUUUUAUCUUGCAUUCACUGUGCAAUGCAAUAAGCGAAAAGAAGUAGAAGAGAAGCGAAAAAAAAAUCACUCACAAUGAGAAAUAACUGCAUUUAUAACCGAUCAAUUAUUUGCGCUUUCUCUCUGAUUAACUUGUUUUUGUUGGACAAACUUAGAAAAUGAAGGAAAGAAGCCGAUGGCAGCAGUAACAACAACAAUAACCACAACAACAACAAUCACAACAACAACAAAAAUAUAUAAUAGAUAUAACCAAUCGAAGUGAACUUACAGAGAUAGAAAAAACAUUAGAGAAAACACAGUUUUCAGUACUUCAUCGGUCUUCAAUACAAUAACUUCAGUAACAGUUGCAAUCAACUAAACUUUGUAGCAAGUGUUUAAUUGUGUUUCUCGUUUGUGCAAUUGAAAUUUUUUCGUGAAAUCAUCAUUUUAAUCCUGUCAACAUUUAUUUCAAUAUAUAUAGAAAACACACAUCGCAUACACAUACUGCACAUCACGCACCGAUACAUAUAUAUUAUAUAGAUAACCGCAUUGAGACACAUUGAUUAAUAUCAACCGUGUUUAGGGUUAAUUUUUCUGAAUUAAAACUAUACCACAACAUAAAUAAUAAUAGUAUAGUCCAUAUGUGCACAAAUAAAUUGUUUCAAUUAUAAUUAGUUGUGUCGAUUCGUGGUUGAGCCGAAAAAUGAGCCGAAUUGUGUGCAGUCCAUUGGGUGGUAAUGUUGGUGAGAAAUUGGAUAGUUUUUUCCAAAGAAAGAAUUGCUUCAUUGAAGUGAAUCCCGGCCAUGUUAUCAUGCCAAAAAAAUACCAGGAUAUUUCCGAAGAGAUAAUCAACACUGACGUUCGAACAGACGACAUUUGGAUGAUUUCUUAUCCUCGAACAGGUUCAACAUGGGCUCAAGAAAUGGUUUGGCUUCUAGGUAAUAAUUUGGAUUACGAAGGAGCCAAAAGUAUACAAACUUUACGAUCGCCACUGCUUGAAAUGACUGCGAUCAUGUAUGAAGACUAUACGGAAUGGGUGAAAAAUUCAAUCGGAAAUUCUGUGCAGCAGGUUAGCAAUAUGGCAAGUCCACGUUUCAUCAAAUCACAUUUACCAUUACAGCUCCUGCCAACAAAAUUGACCACUGUGAAACCGAAGAUCAUCUAUGUCGCGCGCAAUCCAAAAGAUUUAUGUGUAUCGUUUUAUCAUUAUUGUUCGUUGAUGCACGGUUUAGUUGGAACAUUCGAGGAAUUUUGUGAGAUAUUUUUGAGUGAUAAUGCACCAAUUGGUCCGGUUUGGCCGCAUUGUUUGACUUUUUGGAAUAUGCGCGACGAGCCAAAUGUAUUAUUUUUGAAAUAUGAAGACAUGAAAAAGGAUCUACCAUCGACGAUUUAUAAGUGUGCCAAGUUUUUGGGUGUGGAAAAUCGAAUAACAGACAUUGAUGUGUCUCAAAUGUGUGAUCAUUUGAAAUUUGAUCGUAUGCAAAAGAAUCCAGCCGUUAAUAUUACAUCAUAUUUACCGGUAAAUGGUGAUAAGGAUAAAAAUGUUCAAUUUAUACGAAAGGGACAAAUUGGCGAUUGGAAAAAUUACAUGUCAGACGCAUUAUCGGUUCGAUUCGAUGAAUGGAUUCGACUAAACACCGAUGGCACGGGUUUGGAAUUUGAAUAUGAAUGAACAAUAUUCUUGCAUCUAUAAAAUUCUAUCGUGAUUUAGUGCACUGCAACAGCAACAACGAAUAACUUUGAGCCGAACAGAAAAUUAAACAACAACAACAAAAAUGUAUUAAUAGUAAGCUUUUUCUUGCCUAAAUAAAUAGACACGCUGUGGA